CCAUCAUCACGCACCGACGCCACCGUUAUCGAUACCGACACGCGACCACGAGGGUUUGGGUUGUGACUGUGUCUUGGAUCGUCGCCUGCGACAACUAUUUUGGCGACAGCGGGACUGCAGCGAUGGAGGAGGAGCGCACCAUCACGCUGGACCUUGGGUCAUCUCCCGACCCAUUGAUCGACCCCAUCCUCAGCCCACCCAUGAUGCCCCCAUCUGCCGUCAAGAAGAAGAGCCAGGCUGCCGAGCACCUGUUUACCGCCCUCGCUCCGUCGCCAAGGAAGCAGACCUUCGAGCUAGAUGUCGGAAACGAACGCACACCACAACGACUGCGCGUCACGGUCGAGGCCGAGGAUGAGGGGACGCGCAGUACUAGCCGUCGCCUCUUCCAAUCACCCACCCCGAAACAACGACGCCUCACACCGCGGAGGGAAACGAUUGUCACCACAACAGUACCCCUACGCGGUUUGAGCGACGACGAGGGCGGCGCCUUGAGCAACGCGACACCGAAGCGGAGGGGUCGACCACGCAAGUCGGGGACACCCGCAACAACGCGGCGCAAAAGGCCUGGAACACCGGCCAAGGGGCGGAAAAGCGUGGGGCGUGCCUCUGCAUCUCCUCAGAAGGAUACACUCGCGUCAGACAUCGGGAGCGAAACGACACCGCGACCCACGAAACGCAAGGCCACAUCUCCAGCAAAGGACGGCGCGCCGGCUAGCCAACCGCGCAAGCGAGGGAGACCAAGGAAGCAAACAAUCACGGAGGAUGAGGUAGCGCGUCUGGGGCAGGAUAUUCCGUCAAAACGUGAGGAUCACGACAAUGCCUCGAUUGCCCCUACUCCGAACCAACCAAGCGGUGGUAUGGAGGAGGAUAUCUGGCUUUCGACCCUGUCCGGACAACCCACACCAGCGCCCCAAAGACAAGAGCAAAGUCACGAUCCCGAGUUGCCCACCAGCGACCAUCAUGUCGAUCUAGAGCCUCAACUACCCCGACAGGAAGCAGACUACCAACAGUACGAUUGGCCAGAUAUGAACGGGGGGGCCGAUUCGUACAGCGAGGCUGGGUCACUAGCAAGUGACCAAGGCGAUGACCAUGAUUUCGAGGACACCGUCAUGGCGGAGGAGUUCACCAUGAUUUCCAUCGGUUCCUUGCCAUCUAUGCAGCCAAACUCAAGUGUAAUGGCCCCGGCGCAUGAGGAGCUUGGUGAGGCUACGAGCCUGAUCAUCAACGGCGCGCUGGAGUCCCUGAGGCAAAGUCAAAACAGGCCGGUAGAAGAGAUUCCUAGUCCCGAGCCGAGCGCUCCCCUUACCGAGUCACAGCCAAGUGCCGUCAAAACCACGUCAGAAAGCCGUGUGCAACACCAAGAACUGCCGCUCCCGCCACCUCCCAGUUCACCGCAGAUUUUGAGGCGAAGUCCACGUAGGGCAACGGCCCAACCACUUGCCAAACAACUUGCCCAUAAGAGUCUUCAACGAGGAGACCGUCAGUCGCCAGCACCCCGCCAGCCAUCGUUGCCCCGCCAUUCACCAGAGCCCCGGCAGCCUCCGGUUAGUUUUGAACCACAGAAUACGAGCGCCCACGACGAUCCCUUCACCGAAAUCCCCGAAGCGACGCCCGGGCGACAUCACCAGCCACAACACCAGAGCAAAGAGGCAGCUGAGGACAUCCAGCCGUCCAUAGAGCGGCCCUCAAGAGUGAACUACUCCAACCCCCAAUCUGAGACGAAUAGGCUGUUGACUCCUGAUGAGACACCAUCCCCGGUCCCUUCCGAUACCGAAGAUCAUAAUCCCACAACCAAGCCUCCGAGGCCCACACUGGAUAUUGACCUCCCCUCCUCUCCCCCGAUCGAAAGCCCCGGGCUUCUCAGCAACGCCGUCGCCCGCCAUAUCAGAAGCAACUCAAACGAGACACCCGCCGAUCAACUAUCGUCCUUUACGUCGUCGAAUUUGGGAGCUCGAGACCCCAACCCCGUACAUCUACCCCUCCCCGAACCUCAUCGCCGACCGACUCUCUCCCCCAUCGUCCGCGCCGGACGUGCCCUACAACUCAUCACAUCGGAUCCACCAUCACCCCCAGAGAGAGGCAGCGUGCUCGGGAGCCCGUUCCGGAGUUCCGUGCCCAAGUCGAGCCAGUCGCCCGUCCAGGUUCUCCCCCCUGCCGCACCGGCCGCCGGAACGACACAAUCUCCAUCACAACCCCGAAUCGAUCCUUUAGCCCAAUCCCCAUCAAGGUCCUGGCUUGCACCCUUGAGUCAAAUGAAAGAAUUCAUUGUCCGCCGCGCUCAGUCACUCUCUCCGGCACGCGUCUCAGUUUCUGGUACAGAUAACAUGGACGACCCAUUCGGGCCGGAUCCCGCCGAGUCGACCGCAUCCGGUUCCGUACGUAAUACCUUGUUUAGCGGCCCUGGUCGGCAGGAAAAUGACCGAGAUGCUACCGUCAGUAUUGCCAGUUCGCCAGGCGCAAACCCUGUGCAUGAUGACGACGAGAUGAGCUGGCAGGGCGAAGGCAGCCCCGGGGGACACUCGCAGAGAUCUGCUUCUCCCGUUCUCGGCAACAUUGAAAGUCGUGAGAUUCUGAACGCAGACGGGAGCCAACUGAGACCUCAAGAAGAGCGAGCGAGCCGACUAGAUUUUGCAAUGUCGGUCACGGCUCCAGAUACCAGACCGCAGGCGGUUUUGGAUCAGCAAGAACAAACGUACGAGGAGGAGCAGGAGGAGGAAGAUGAUGAUGACGAUGACAUUUGGGCCAUUGAAGCCCAGCGCCCCGCCCCUUUUGCACCGAGAAAUGUGCUGGCUAGGCGUGAGCCACCCCCCGAACCACCUCGAAGGAACAAAAUCCCGAGUCCUUGGGAGCAAAAUAUUCGGCAUCUGGUCUCCAGCGAUGAGGGAGACCAGUACUCCGACAACAAUGCUCUUGAAAGGGGCGCUCCUAUCAACAGGAACAGAGAGUCUAAUAAACCUGCUCAGACCCGGACGGAACAAGUUCCAGUUCGCUUCGAGAGAAAUUCCCCCAUGGAGGACGAAGAAUUCAGCAUGCUAUCUCAAACUCGUCCAAGGCAAACAGCAGCACCUGCCAAGCAGCCAGCAAAGAAACCAGACCUUUCCGCCUUCUUCUCAUCGCCUGCCAUACUCCCCGACAUGGACCAGACACCCGGCGCUGGAUUGUCCAAAGCGCCGGACUCACAAGAAACAGAGCAGAUAGACUCGGCCUUGCCGAAAUCACGAAGCAUGCGUGUUCAAAGGCCGCAGUCGUCUGGAAACAGUUUGUUUGCUCAGUAUCUUCGGCCACAGACCGACGCCCGAUUGGCCUCGGUUUCAGAGAAGCAGCUUGGAGUUGGGACCCGCCAACAGAGUGUUGACCUAUUCUCUCCUGUACGGAAUAACGUCGAGCGAAGGAGUCCGGAGGAAGCAGCCGCGCCUAUCCCGCAAUCCAGCUCCCCACAAAGUGUGGAGGAGGUCGUCCCAGCAGAUAUUCCCCAGCGGGCAAACUUCGCGCCGCAGCAGCGUCUCUCUACGAACGGUACAAGAGCGGCCGCUCCUAUUCCACGAGCUAUCUCCCCAGAAAGCCAAGAGGACGCCCCCCUGGAGCAUAUUCCCCAAAAGCAGAACUUCACCCCUCGCCGGCGGCAAGCCAACAGCACGCUCUUCCAACCCAAGCCCGUGGCGCCGGCGAACUCGCUCUUCGGCGACAACCAGAUUUCAUCUUUCUUCUCUCGAUCCCGCCCACAGUCCCAGGGACCGCAGACCCAGUCACGAGCAGACGAAAACGAGGAAGAAGAAUCAAGCUUCGUGUCGCCUCCGCCCAAGACGCUACCAAACCGAGCAGUUUCCCCAACAAAAUCAUGCAUCCGCUCGCCCCUCAAGCCCAAGACGCCCGGGCGGGUGGUGGAGUUCACCAGCAGCACGCUCUCCCCGCUGGCGCAGGCGCAAGCCCGAGCCGAGCGACGCGCGAGCAUGUCGCCCGAAAAGAACGACCGCACACGGAGCAACCGCGGAAACGCCGUCGCCUUCAACAACACCGAAGCAGACAAAGAAAACCGCUCCUCCUCGCCAUCCCUAUCCCUCUCCCCAUCCCUAUCCCCCUCCCUAUCCCCCUCCCUAUCCCCCUCCCUAUCCCCCUCCCCACAACGAACCCAACAACACCGCCAACCCCUCACCAGCACCACCAGCGCCACAACCCAACAACAACAACAACAACCACAACCACUCUCCCCCACAAAAUGGACCCGCGCCCACUGGCUGCGCCUCGACGAGCUAUUACAAGCGCGCAAGCGCGGCCCCCGCCCGCUGCAGCUCGCGCUCGCCCGCUCCUCCCAUACCGGCGCCGCCUCAUCACCCAGCGGGAACGGCAGCUUGCGACUGCUGCUCGGGAAACAGGUCGCGGCGCAGGGCGAGCGGAUGGAGAUCCAGGGGUGGCAUUUGGAUGUGGUGGAGGGGUUUCUGGGGGAGCUUGGUGGGUCUGAUGAUGUUGGUGCUGGUGUUGUUGGGUGGGGUGGUACGCAGGUUGCGAAGAGGGUGUUUGCGUUGUUGGUGGGUGAGGAGAGGAGGCGGUUGGGGCUGGUGCCUUCCUCUAGAGGGGGGAGGCACGGGUCGAUUGGGGGUUGGGAUCGCGAGCGGGAGUGGGUGGGGGAGGAGGAUGUUUGAGUGAAGAGGACUUUCGAGUGAAGGGGACGGGAGAGGGGAUGGGAGAGGGUUUCGCGGGUUAGGAGUGUGGUGGAUUACUUGUGGUAAGAAGGGUUGAGCUUUGGAAAGGUGUUUGUGGGGUUUACAGUGCUGUGUGGGAUGAUGUGAUGAAGUGAUUACGAGUUUGAUAUAGUAUAUAUGGCGUUGGAGGUUCUGGUUGGGUUUGGACAUCGGGAUAUCGAUAGGGUUGAUA